AUGGACAGUGACGUAUCAAGUGUCGACUCACGAUUGGAGAAGGACGAUUGCGAACAGCAGUCUCUGAUUGCAUACCAUAAGGAAACGGCGUCAUUCCCCGACGGGGGAAGAAAGGCUUGGUUGACUGUUUUGGGUGCUUUCUUUGGAUUGAUGACGGUCUUUGGAAUUAUGGACACCAUGGCCUCCAUUCAGUUGUACAUUGCCAAACAUCAGUUGGCCAAUGAGAAAAUGUCGAGCAUUUCCUGGGUCUUCUCCUUGUACAUGUUCACCAACCUCUCAAUGGGAGUCAUAACUGGUCCCAUCUUCGAUGUCUAUGGAUUCAAAUGGGUCCUUGUUGCCGGUACUUUGUUGAACUGUGGUGGUUUGUAUGCUACGGCCUUUUGUAAGGAGUUGUGGCAAUUUGUCCUUGCCUUUGGGCUCUGCACCGGUAUUGGGGGCGGCAUUCUUAUGACUCCACUACUCGGAGUUGUCAGCCAUUGGUUUUGGAAAAGGAGAGGUUUGGCACUUGGGUUGGCCAACUGCGGUAAUGUCUCCUCCGUAUACUUCCCCAUCAUGUUACGGUCGUUAUAUCCCAAACUGGGUUAUACAAAGACCAUGGUCAUUAUGGCGUCGAUUUGUGUGUUUCUUCUCAUGCUGGCGUUUGUUCUCAUUGAGGACCGAAGUGAGGAGUUGAACGUCGACAAGGAGGGGACAAAAUGGGAGAGGUUGAUGGACUCUUAUAAACACAUGAUCAACUUGAAAAGUUUCAAGGAGAAAAACUAUACAUUGCUUGUCAUUGGCUUGUUUCUUGAAGAGUUUUCCAUUAUUAUUGCAAUCACCUAUAUUGCAACCUAUGGUAGUGUUCGUGGAGUCAGUGAAUCAACCACUUAUAUUAUAGUCACUGUAAUGAAUGCCAGUGGUAUACCGGCAAAAGUCAUUUUGAACUAUAUGAGUGAUAAAAUCGGACGUUAUAAUACCAUGCUUGGAAUACUCGCCGUCAUGACGAUCUCCUUCUACGCCAUUUGGCUACCUUACUACAACCUCGGAGGAUAUUUUGCUUUUGCCGUUGUUUACGGUAUCGUAUUUGGAAGUGCAUAUUCCAUCACUCCCGUGGUUAUAUCCCAGAUUUCAAAGACAAACGAGUUUGGCCAACGGUAUGCCACGGCCUAUUUCUUUGUGGCCUUUGGAAACUUGAUUGCCAUGCCCAUUGGAUCGCAAUUCAUCAACGAGGAGACUGUUACCAACUACAACCACAUGAUCAUCUUUGCAGGGGCCACGUGCGCUUGUGCCACGGUGUUUGCCUUUGCCAGCAGAACAACCAUGGUGGGAUGGAAGCUCAAGGUGUGGGUUUGA